AUGACCGAUGAUACAGGAGAUGUGCAUGAAGAUAAAUUCCUGGAUGCUGCCAACGACGAGAGAGGGUCAUUCAGACCAACACUGAUAUUAAUUGGGACGCGACUGGGAAUCGAUCGUAUUACUCCCGUGUACUGGGACGCGGUAAAGACCACAUUGCAACUCCCCCAAUCCGUAGGAAUAGCUGGUGGACGCCCAUCAGCAUCGCAUUACUUCGUCGGUGUUCAAGGCUCGCACCUAUUUUACCUUGACCCCCAUCAGACUCGCCCAGCGUUGCCACAGCGCAAUAUCGAUGAACGAUACACAGAUGAAGAGAUAGAAACCUAUCAUACUCGACGCCUCAGGAGAAUCCACAUUCGAGACAUGGAUCCGAGCAUGCUUAUCGGCUUCAUUAUAAAAGACAGAGAAGACUGGGCACACUGGAAGAGCGGGGUAUCUGUUCAGGGGAAACCUAUUGUACAUGUGCUCAGCGAAUCAGACACUGCUGUCUUCCAGGGCCGUGAAGGGGCGAUCGAUGAGGUAGAGGUCUUGGAUGAUGAUUGA